AUGCAUGGAAUCGAUGAUACAUCAUAUGAUAUAAAUUUAUUGAAUAAAAGUAGAAGUACAAUUCCUCGUUUAAUUCAUCAAAUGUGGAAAAGUGAAAAUUUAAAUACAUAUCCAAUAAAUAAUUCUUAUUUUCAAUGGAAAAAAAUGUAUCCAGAUUAUAAAAUUCGUUUAUGGACAGAUAAAGAUUUAGAAAAUUUAUUAUUAACAAAUGAUUAUAAAUAUUUAUAUUCAAUCUAUAAAUCUUAUAUUUAUUCAAUUCAACGUGCUGAUUUAGGUCGAUUAAUAAUUCUUCAUGCUCAAGGUGGAAUUUAUGCUGAUUUAGAUGUAUUUCCAUGUUCUGAACAAGUUGAAAAAUUACGUUUAUCAAAUGUAUCAUUAAUUAUUCCACGUUCAACAUCAGGUUCAUCCGUUAUCAAUCAUUUUCUUAUUGCACAAAAAUCAUCUCCUAUACUUAACUAUAUUCUUCAUGAAAUAGUUCCAUUAAGAUUUUAUAAACGAAUAUUUCUUCUUCCUUAUUUAGAAGUAUUUUCAACAGGUUCAUUUUUUUUAACUCGUACUCUUAAAAAAUAUAUUCAAUUAUCAAAUGAAAAAAAAGAACCAUUAUGGAUUUUAUCGGAUGAUAAUGUUAAUAAUUAUGUACAUCAUUAUACUGGAAGAUCAUGGCAUUUUGUUGAUGGAUUUAUUUUAAAUCAAUUUCAAGAUAAAAUCGAAAUACGGAUUAUUUUCUCAUUUCUCAUUUUUAUUUUAUUUAUUAUUAUUUGGAAAUAUCGAACGCAUUUCGAUCUAUGUAAAAAAUUUAAAGGCAAUUCGACAAAAUAA